AUGAACACUGUAGUGAUCAUAUCAAUUGGAACACAGUUCAUGCACAUAGCUCUCUUCCAUCAAGCUGGUUAUCUGAAUCAGGCUCAAUGGGAUGGUUUGACAGGACGGAUAGUCCUUAACAAGACUGAUGGUCUGCGGAAAGAGUUCAACUUAGACCUCAUCAGCCUCAAGGAGGAUGGCACAGCGAAGAUUGGAGUGUGGAACUCUUACACCGGCCUCAACCUGACUGAGAUGAUAGACAGCAAAAACAUCACAGACUCUCUGGCUAACAGAACACUUAUCGUCACCACAAUCCUGGAAAACCCUUACGUUAUGUAUAAGAAGUCUGACAAGGUGCUCUAUGGGAACGAUCGCUUUGAGGGUUACUGUCUAGACCUGCUAAAGGAGCUCUCCAACAUCCUAGGAUUCACGUAUGAAGUCAAGCUGGUUUCCGAUGGGAAAUAUGGAGCUCAGAAUGACAAAGGCGAAUGGAACGGCAUGGUGCGGGAACUAAUCGAUCAUAUAGCUGACCUGGCUGUGGCUCCACUAACUAUCACUUAUGUCAGAGAGAAAGUUAUUGACUUCUCCAAACCCUUCAUGACCCUGGGCAUCAGCAUACUGUACCGCAAACCAAAUGGCACCAAUCCAGGUGUCUUCUCCUUCCUCAACCCUCUCACCCCGGAUAUUUGGAUGUAUGUGCUGCUGGCCUGUCUUGGAGUGAGCUGUGUGCUCUUUGUUAUAGCCAGGUUUACGCCGUAUGAAUGGUAUAACCCUCACCCCUGCAACUCCUCUUCUGAAGUGAUUGAGAACAACUUCACACUGUUGAAUAGUUUAUGGUUUGGUGUUGCGGCUCUAAUGCGUCAAGGUAUGUCACACUAA